CGGAUCAGGCUGAAUAAUCAUAAUCGCUCCAUCCGAUAAGUCCCGGAAGGUAGCAGCCCUCCUGAGGCCUUCGCAGUUCACAUCCCGCCGGCGAUAUAUACCGCAGGCAGUCCAAUUGAAGGGGAAGUUGAGAUUUACCUCCGUCAACUGCGAGAAAACAACAUCGGGAAGGUCCUGGUCAAACUUUGCGGAACAUCCUACACGUGGAUUGCUUUGGAUCAGAACACGGUUACAGAGACGAUCAAGCUUAUUCAUGAAGAUGCGCCCGUAUGGUCUCUAGGUGGCGCAUCCCUUCAGUCGGAUACAGACGUCGUCCGGGUUCCUUUCCGCUUCACGCUGCCGGAACAACUGCCUCCGUCCUUCAGUUACAAAUCGCUGACGGCUCGUCUGAAGUUUGAACACACACAUUCGAUACUCGAUUACUGCGGUUGGCGUGCGCAAUAGACAACUCAACAAGCGUCAUCAGGUCCCGCUCCCGAUACUGCCGAGAGACGAGUUGGGUACGUCUGUAAGGAAAGAAAGCGCUGCUCAGGGAUGGAAGACGUUCGUGAAAGAGGAUAUGAUCCGUAAGGGCCUUUGGGGAGAAUACUCAAGAGUGCACGUCGAGCUCGCCCUCCCGGAUAUACCAGUUCUGCCCCUCUUCUCGGAUAUACCUUACUCUAUCACUGUAACGACCUCUACCCCGCCGCUCUCUCGUGCCCAUGCCAGUGAACAUAGCAGCAAGCCAGUUUUCCCGCCAGUUCCACGCAAGGCCCAAGAGAUUGAUUUCGUCCUGCAUUGCUUCCUGAAGCUGCGUGCUCGGCUGUCCACUGGGAAAGCAAACAAUGACGUUAUGACUAUUCUCGGCGACAAGAAGGAAGAAACGAAUCAAGUAGCCGUCGAAUCCGACAUCCCCGACAAGAACUGGGUGCCGCUAGCAAGUGUACCGGCUGAUGACAAGCACGAAAAGGAGAAGGAGGCGUCCGAACACGGCGAGGAGAAAGGCUCGUGGGUCCAGCGAGCCACGUAUCAGUCGACGUUCCGGCUGAACUGCCCGCCGUCCUCUGUAGUGGCCAACAUCGAGUGUAGCUACUCGCUUAUCGUCAAAGUACCCUUCCCAGGGAUCGGAAACUCUCUGAAGCCGGAGGUUCCUGCGACCAUAACCUCCGGCAUCGCCGACCCGCUCCCCCAGGAGCAGUCUAACUCGAACGACGAUCUUGAUUUACUGGACCUUCCGCCGUCAGGUUCAGUAUCCUCAUGAUUCGUGAUUGCUUGUCGCACCUUCCGGAUACCUUGACAUCGAGCGUACUGGGAUACCAGCUGGCAGCAACCGAGAAUGGGAGAUAGACGAGAAGGAAUCAGAGUAAUUGUACGCGCGUGCUGCUUCAAGCAUCCAAUCCAAAAGCCUUGAGGCAUCGUCCGACAGGUUACGCACGCGACGUCAAAGAGUAUGGCUGAGGUUGUGUACGCAUCUUGCUUUCGGCUUGGACCGCCUUGGGGGCGGUCGAAACGUAGCCUGCUUUUGAACGAUUGGUGAACCAAAGGGCGGUUGUAGUGACGGGUCGUUAACAAGCAUAGGGCGCCUACAGACGCGCUGCUCUUAUUCUCGCCCGUCAUCGUGCACAGUUCC